ACCUGCACGGGCUGGUGCGGCGGGAGAUGGCUUUGGUGGGCGGCGCGCAGAACGUGGUGCUCGUGGGACUGAGUCAGGGGUGUGUGGCCAGCCUGGUGGCGCUGCUGCUGUGGGACGGGGAGCCGCUGGCCGCCGCGGUCGGCAUGUGCGGCUGGCUGCCGUUCGUGUCGCAUCUUCUGAGCCCACAGGACGCAGAGAGGUCUGGUGUGGGCCCCGGGGAGGGAGUGGCUACAGACUGUAGUGAUGACGAUGAGGAGGAGCAAGAAUUGGAGACGGGAGAGUCUGGGGGUGGUAGGGUUGAUGAAUAUGAUGAACGCAACAAUGACGAUAACACUGACGAGAAAGAUGAAGAUGAGGAGGACGAGGAGGAUGACGAGGACGACGAGGACGACGAUGACGAAGAUGGAAGACAUGAGGAUCAUGGGGCUUGCUGGGAAGACGACUUUGAUCCAUUUGCCCACUCCGACAAUGAAGGCGGUUUAUCCAUGCCGCCUGCAAAGGUGUUAGACCCAGCAAUAGCAGCCGUCCGGACUCUUCAAGAGAAGUUGGAGCUUGGUGGCCAAAUUCCAGAACGCCGUCCACGGUCCUUUGAUACUCCGCUGUUCCUUGGACACGGCGACAAGGACGAGAAAGUUCAUGUGAGUCUUGGCCGAGGCGCGGCAGAAUGCCUGAACGGGUUGGGACUUGAUGCGGCAUGGAAUGAGUACAGGGGUCUCGGACACUGGUACUCUGAUGCGAUGCUUGCAGAUCUGGUCUGCUUCCUGAAGAACAAAUCUCGUUGGGAAGAAGGUGAAAAAAAGCAGCCUUGAUGGCAUUACUCGAUUAGUGCAUUACAGGAGAUACUAAAUACUUUGAUGCUCUUUCGUCCGCCGCCUUUUGUCUCCCUGGUCCUUCCCUCCAUGGUAGACCCGGCCUCUUCACAUACAGCCAUGAGUGCGAGGAAAUCCGAAUGCAAAUACCCAUCGAGGACGCCUCCCUUUUACAAGCCACAGCUGCUGAGAGGCACCUCGGUGACAAUGGCAUCGACGCGGCCCAGAGCCCAC